AUGUCAGCAUCAACGUCAACGGAAGAUUUUGAACGCUCUUGCGACCAAGUGUUUACCAAGCUACAGGAGGUGGCGCAAGAGCUAAAGAACCAUGAUCAUGAGGAGGUUCAUUUCAAUAUUGAGCAUGCCGCUCAGUAUGUGGAGCAUAACAAGAUCGACAUGAAGUUCAAGGAGCAGGUUCGUCUUACAAGUGACGACGUAUCUUACGAACUCAUUUGCGCCAUCAAUGACUGCAAUACGCACUUGAACGAUUGUAUGAGUAUAUGCAAGCGAAUGGGGACACCAAGCUGGAGUACCGAACAAGAUUCACGACUUACCAUGGCAUGGACAUUCUUUUACGCCAGCCUCAGUAAGGCGGGAUUGAUAUUGAAGCUCAAACCAUUGGAGGCGCAGGCUUUUUUGGCGUUCAACAGACAACAACCGUCCUUUGAACCCCCAACAUUUAGUCGCCGGGAGUCUUUUAUGAGUAACGCAGGCUCUGAAAACUUCACCAUUGAAGGGCGAGCCGAGAGAAGGGAGCGCGCAGAACGGCAACGGCAAGGACAACGACGGGAAAUUCCAGUAUUCGUGACUCCUACGGGAACAAUGUUAAGGCCUCAGCCCAAUCGCACGUCUGGAUCAUUCCGGUCUGUUGCUGAGAGCACGUCAUCAGCUUCUUCUUCAACAGCAUCACCUCGUUUACCCGCAAGGCGUGCGGUCCCAGAAAGAGAGAAGUGGGUCAUCAAUCCUUCCAUAAUCAGUACUCCCAGGACUCCACCACCAGAGUAUACCCCGAUACCAAAAGACACAAAGCCAGUGAUACCGCCAGAUGAGAAGCCCCCUCUUCCUCCACCAACGUCAUCUAUACCUUCACCACAGCCAUCAUCAAAGUCUAUCCGAAAUGUUGCUUCAGAACCUCAACUCGCAGCGCCAGGUCCUCCAAGCCACCACACUCAUUACACCGGCAACGUGUUUCACAUAUACCAAGGGGUCCCAAACGCGCCGCCACCUCAAGCCUGGCAUACUCCCCGGUAUCUUCCACAACAACCAGUACCGCCAGUUUGGCCAAUGCCUCUUCAACAACCAGUUCCACAACCAUAUCGACCGCCACGAGUUGCAGCGUAUAGGCCAAGCCGGUUAUCGCUUCGGGAGACAGCAGCGCUACAUCUUACGCCUAUGCCUGGACUGGCGGUCGACAUCAUGAAGCCCGAAGCAAGAUGUACUCAUGGGGUUAGACACUUCAAAGGGCAUCCGCCAUGUCAGUGGGGUUGCUGUAAUGCGCGGGGAUGCGGACAGGUCUUUUAUUGA